UUUCGGUUUUGGUAAGCCAACGUUAUUGCCUAUAUAUAUAUACAUCUAUAUGCUUCUCUUUAUCUUCCUCUCCUUCUCACCAAAAAGUUUAUCUAGAGAUCAACCACUACUCACCGGAACCUUUCCCUACUCUCCGCCGGAGUUCCAUAACCACCAUGAGCCGGAAAGACGGUUGUGGCCAUCACCAAGCAGAUGAACGCCGGAAACACUACCGCCAAUUAAUUGGAACCCUUAUCUCAGUCAUUUUCAUUAUUCUCUUCGUAAUCCUCCUCAUAUACCUCAUCCUCCGCCCCACAAAACCUCACUUCACCCUCCAAGACCUCACCCUCUACGCCUUCAACAUCUCCGCCGCCGCCACCACCACCCUCACCUCCAACCUCCAAAUCACCGUCUCCUCCCGUAACCCAAACGCUCGCAUCGGAAUCUACUAUGACAAGAUUGACGUGUACGCCACCUACCGGAGCCAACAGAUCACACUAGCAACGCUAAUCCCGCCGUCGUACCAAGGCCACAAGGACAUCACUGUUUGGUCGCCGUACCUCUAUGGAACGGAUGUUCCGGUGGCGCCAUACCUCGCCAUGUCUUUGGCUCAAGAUGAGUCCGCCGGAACUGUGUUGGUUAACGUUAAAGCUGCCGGAAGAGUGAGGUGGAAAGUCGGAACUUUUGUUUCCGGUGGGUACCGAUUGAAUGUGAAUUGUCCAGCGUAUAUAACGUUUGGGAACAGGAACAGUGGUUAUGCCGUUGGUGCUGCCGUUAAGUAUCAGUUGGUUGAAGGGUGUACAGUAGAUGUUUAACGUUACAGGUUCUAAGGCCGUUAAAAAACUGAAAUGCAAUUUUUGGCUUUGGUAGGAUUAUCGGAAUAGAAUGUAAAGGAAAUCAAGAGGAAGGAAAUGUUGGUGGAAUUUCUAUUUUAAUGUUUAUAAUCUAAUUUUCUUUUA